UGCGUAUAUAUUUCUUGAACUCACAUCAUUUGAUGUGCCAACCCAUGCUUAUCCCAUCCCAAAGUUUUUUUUGGAUCACUCUCCCCCGCUCUAUUUAAAACCCUUGCCCUUCUUUCCACUUGUUCACCCUACAUUAGAUGGAACGGCCUUAGAAACGAGGGCAACUCCUUCCACCCGAGAAACACCUUAAUUCUCCUCCUCUUCCAUUGCGUAUGUACUUCCAUGUAGUGUGGGGAGGAGACAUAAGGAUACAUAGAGAAAGAGGGCAAUGUCAUUGGCUGAACCCAGUUUGGACCAGGGCUUGAUCAAGCCAUGGAUGAAGAAGGCUGUAAGGGCGAGCACACGGCCAAGUGAGAACAUGGCGGAGGCCAAGCGCAUUCUCGCGCUCGCCUCGCCCAUUGCGCUCACUGGACUCCUCCACUACUCUCGCUCCCUCGUCUCCAUGAUCUUCCUCGGCCGCCUCGGCCAUCUCCCCCUCGCCGGCGGUGCCCUCGCCAUUGGUUUCGCCAACAUCACCGGCUACUCUGUUCUCUCUGGCCUCGCAAUGGGCAUGGAGCCAUUGUGCGGCCAGGCUGUCGGAGCACAUCGACCCACCCUGCUCGGCCCCGCCCUCCACCGAGCUGUCCUCCUGCUCCUCGUCGCUUCCCUUCCCAUCGCCGCCUUAUGGCUCACGAUGGACCGGCUGCUGCUCCUUUGCGGCCAGGAUGCGGACGUUGCCGCCGCUGCAUAUGCUUAUGUUCUUGCCUCCCUCCCCGACCUCAUAUUUCAAUCCUUCCUCCACCCCAUUCGCAUCUUCCUUCGCUCUCAAUCCAUCACGCUCCCCGUCACCUACGCCACUGUCAUCGCCGCCGUCCUUCACCUCCCUCUCAACUAUGCCCUUGUCUUUCGCCUUCGCCUUGGCAUCCAUGGCGUCGCUAUUGCCUCCGUUUGCACCAAUCUUAACAUACUCCUCUUCCUCCUCCUCUAUAUAUUAUUCGCUGAUGUUCACUGCCCCACCGGAGUACUCAACCUUUCCACGGAUUGCUUUAGGGGAUGGCGCUCACUUCUCGGUUUUGCCAUUCCUAGCGUCGUCUCCGUGUGCUUGGAGUGGUGGUGGUACGAGAUCAUGGUCCUCCUUUGUGGCCUCCUCCUCGACCCCAAAUGUACAGUCGCCUCGAUGGGCAUCAUCAUCCAAACAACCUCACUGAUCUACAUUUUCCCUUCCUCCCUGAGCUUCAGCAUCUCCACCCGCGUCGCCAAUGAGCUCGGCGCCGACCGGCCCGAUCGCGCCCACCGUGCUGCCAACGUAGGCCUCGCCUGCAGUGCCGUACUCGGGUUACUGGCGUUCCUGUUCGCGGUGGCAGUUCGGCACGUGUGGGCGUGUAUGUUCACGUCCGACGCCACCAUUGUGGCGCUCACAGCCACGGUGCUGCCCGUCGUCGGGGCUUGUGAGCUGGGGAACUGCCCGCAGACGGUGGGGUGCGGAGUGCUGCGUGGGAGCGCGAGGCCACGCGUCGGGGCCAACAUAAAUUUGGGCUCUUUCUACGGCGUGGGGAUGCCAGUGGCGACAGCGCUGGCCUUCUGGGCGAAAUGGGACUUCAUGGGGUUGUGGAUCGGCAUGCUCGCGGCCCAGGCAGCGUGCGUCACGCUGAUGCUGCUCGUCGUACGACGCACCGACUGGGAGCUGCUAGCGCAGCGCGCGCGACAGCUCAUCGGGGGCGUGGACGAUGCAGAAGACGGCGCAGGCGUGGUUCUCCGGCGGUCCCAGCGAGCGCGAUCCGGCGCCCUCCUCGUCCUCGCUACUCGCCGACUGGAACUCCUACGCCGCCUCCAGGGCCGCCGAGGACGGCGGCUCCUCCGUGCUCUCCUCCUUCGACAUCGAAGCUGCCGUCAGGACCGCCAACGACAAGGUCACCGACACCUUCAGCGUUGUUACUAAAGGCGUUAGGGAAUUACCCGGAAGCUUCCAGACUGCUACCAGCAGUGUUCCAUCUGGAAAAUCUCUGAUGUACUUCAGCUUGCUCCUUGCUAGUGGCUUCUUUCUAGUUUUCAUUGCGUUCACCAUGUUUCUUC